CUCUCAGUCUUUGUUGGUGACCAGUGGGUGAGAUACCGGCUGCAGUUUUAUCACUUCAUAUGAAAGUAUUUAUUCUGUUGGGAAAUUGUAUUCUGUUUCUACAACACAAUGUGGAGGACCGCCUUAGCAGUGGGAGUAACAAGUGCCUUGUGGGCUGCAGGGAAGCAAGGCCUCAAGGUCUUUGAUAUUUUGAUACCAUCACUAAAUGGAUUACAGCUUGCCUCAGUUGCUGCUGGCGUCUACAUUACUGCGGGAGGUUACUACACACUUUGGAUUGCUUAUAAUACAUUACCUAGGGAUAUUACGGCAUUAUGGAGGUAUAUACAGUGUCACAUAAAAUUGAAAACUGCAUCCUUUAGGAAUAUCAGCAUCCCAAAGAUGUUCAUGGAAAACGUUAGAAAAAAUCCCAAUAAAGUAGCACUCAUCUUUGAAGAUCAAAAGUGGACAUUUGCUCAGAUUGAUGAGUACAGCAACCGUGUGGGUAACUUCAUGAUCAAGCAAGGUUUCAAACAUGGGGAUGUUGUUGCACUUUACAUGUGGAACCGGCCGGAAUAUGUGUGCACAUGGCUUGGUUGUGCGAAGGUGGGCGUGGUUCCAGCUCUGAUUAACUUCAACCUGCUGAACGAUUCACUCAUCCACUCCAUCAAGGUGGCAGAAUCGAAAGCACUUAUAUGUGGAUGGGAAAUGCAAGAUGCUGUGAAGGAAGUGCAAGAUGAACUUGCAUUACCAAUCUUUGUAUCAGGAUUAGGAAAUGAAAAACCCUCAUUGACAGAUGUCAAAUGUCUGGAUUCUCUGUUGAAUCAAUCAAAUCCAACUCCUCCACCUCAGAUUGAUGAUGUUGGUAUUAGGGAUAAACUCAUAUAUAUUUACACAUCUGGCACUACUGGUUUACCAAAAGCAGCUGUCAUCAAACAUUCCAGGUACCUUUUCUUCUGUGCUGCAGUCCAUUACAUGGUUGGCUUAAGUGAAGAUGAGGUUAUAUAUAACCCACUACCAUUAUACCAUACUGCUGGAGGUAUGGUUGGCAUGGGGCAGGUCCUGCUGUUCAAUAACACUGCAGUUAUUCGGCGCAAGUUUUCUAAAUCACAAUAUUGGAUUGAAGCCAAGAAGCAUGGUUGCACAGUGGGUCAGUAUGUAGGAGAACUGUGCCGCUAUCUUCUUACCAACACUCCUCAUCCAGAAGAGAAAGAACAUAAGGUAAGGGUAAUCUUUGGCAAUGGUGUAAGAGAAAACAUUUGGGAAGAAUUCACAACAAGGUUCAACAUACCUUUCAUUGCUGAGUUUUAUGGAGCAACAGAAGGAAUUGCAAAUUUAAUUAACAUGGAAGGUAAACACGGUGCCUGUGGCUUCCUGUCAGUCUUGUUCCCUAGUGCCAUACCUGUGUACCUUGUCAAGAUUGAUGAAGAGACUGGUGAGCCUGCAAGGGAUAAAAAUGGACUUUGUGUCGUAUGCAAACCAGGUGAACAAGGAGAACUUGUAGGUAUCAUCAAGAAGGAACAUCCAUUCCGUGAGUUUCAUGGUUAUGCAGAUGAAGCAGCAACAAAGAAGAAGAUACUAAGGAAUGUGCUGAAGCCAGGAGACACAGCCUUUAAAUCAGGUGACAUCCUUGUUCAGGACCAAUUUGGCUAUCUCUACUUCAUGGACCGAACAGGGGACACUUUCCGCUGGCGUGGAGAAAAUGUCUCCACAACAGAAGUUGAAGGAGUAGUAUUGAAGGCCACAGACCACAAAGAUUCUGUUGUGUAUGGUGUUGAGGUCCCAGGAGCAGAGGGGAGAGCUGGAAUGGCAGCUAUUGUUGAUCCAGAAAGAGAGGUCGACUUGGAAGAUUUCUUAAAGAAAAUAAAGAAAUCUGUGCCACCAUAUGCUCGGCCUUUGUUCCUCAGGCUCCUUGAUCAUAUUUCUGUAACAGGGACAUUUAAGCUGAAGAAAUUGGAGUUACAGAAGGAAGGAUAUAACCCCAACCUAAUCAAGGAUUCCCUCUAUUUCCUAGACAGUAAGCAGGGUAAAUAUGUGCCUCUUGACAAAGACCUUUUUGAAAAGAUAGAGAAUUGUCAAGUUGGUCUUUAAGCCCAUAUGAAUUGGGACUCAGGAAGCGCCAGCAAUCCCAGAGCCAUAUUUUUUAAUAAGCCUUAGUAAGAUCCAGGAAUCCUAAGACCUUUUUUGUUUGAAUUUAGUAUAUGAAGGUACACUGUUCCUUGUUGCAUUUCUGUUCCUUCACCAUGAAAUAUGCAAGUUAGGCUUCAGAGAAAAUGAACUGAGGCCUCAUUACUCUUUAAGAUUAUCUUAUUAUACAAUCUGGCUGUUGAUAGUAAGAAUAUAAAGAUAUUUAAGUUAGGACAUUUUUAAUGUUUAUGGUAUAUAUGAAUAGCUAUAUUUCUUUUGUGUCAGAAGUAGUCUCACAAAUUGAAGGCAGUGCUGCUGAAGUUAGUCUAUAAACUAAAUAUUACUAUUACAACAGAUAUUUUCUAACUAAUACAUCCCAAAGAAUCAUGCCAAAAUGUUGUGAAAAGGAUGUGCCAUAGUUUUAGCCUCUAUUAUACCAUACCCAGUUUGACAAGACCAAGGAUUUCAUAUAUUUUUAAAUAUAGCUGUAUUGAAAUAAUAUAUUUAACUUUAAUGAGUGUGUAAGUUUGUUUAUACUCAAAUCUUAGGAAGGGAACAAGUCAGAUUCUAGCUUUAUGUAAAUUGUCCUCUAUUUUAAAAAGUAUGAAGAAUAUAUAUGAAAUCUUUUAUUUACAUAUCAGAAAUACUGCUGCAUUUAUGUUUUCAGCAAGUCAUUUGACUGUAGGAUUUUAUUAUAAAAAUGCUAUAAUACUAGUGUAUAAACUUUUACUGAGACUCUGCAGAAAAAGAAAGUUAUCAGUUUUGUUCAUAGCCUCACAGUAGGUGAUAUAAUAUUUGCUUGUAAAGAAAAUAUUCUGUUCAAAUAUUAUGCAUUCAGAUUCUUCUGAUAAAGACUUUAUAUGUCAACACUGUAUAGAUUUGACUGCUUUAUUUAUAUAUUUGAUAGAACUGUUUUCACCAUACUGUAGAAUACAACUGACGUAAAAUGUGUAUACCUCCCACGUGUCCACUGUUGAUGAUGCCUCAGUAACUGCUCAAUAACCACAACCUGGGGUACUCAUAGUUCAGGUCAAUUCAUGUGUUUGGUCAGGUAGAACACUUGUAAACCAAAGGAAUUGUGAGGUGAAUUGAUGGUAUAUUUUGAAUUAACUGAAAUAUCAUAAUGAAUUCCAUGGAGUUCAGACAAGCAAGACGUUAUUUCAAAUGAUAGAAUGUAAUGUAUGUUCAGAUGCCUUAAACUGAAAGUAAAUGCAAUAAUAUGCUUCCACUGAAAGUCACUUACAUUUUAAGGAAAAAUAUUGUUAACUUUAUAUAUAAUUGUGCUUGCACUUGCAUGUAUACAUGUGUUUAUCAUGCACUUUUGCUUUUGUGUAUGUGUGCAUAAAAUAUUCAAAUAAAAAUAAGUGAUUUUAGCUUGAAUAGGUGCUAGUAGUACAUGAGUCUUUGCAAUAGAUGUCCAGAAAAGUUAUUAUGUGUUACCAUUAUAUCCCAAAGUAAUUUUCUAGGUUUGUUUCUUGUCAUUUUGAGUACAAAAGAAGGUGCCUUUUUCAUUCCUAUGUUAUAGAAUUUAACCAAAGAAGUUACUGAUGAGUAACAGGUUUCUGGUCAUUUUGGAUCCAAAGUGGUUGUGUUACUUUUGCAGAACAAGAAGCUGCCUCUUUAUUUUAUAAAGUUGCAUACAAUUGACUAAAGACAUUUUUAUGAUAUUUAAAGUUAAAAAUUUGUGAUUUGCCUUAACUUUAACUUUGUUUUAUGUUGUAGGUAAUUCUGAAUUCUGUGACUAUAUUGCAUUUUAUGCCAGUUAUUAGUUAAGAUUUUUGAUAAUGCUUACUAUAAUUCUGAAAAAAUACUUUUACGUCUAAAGAUCUAAUGUAUUUGAUUAUUUGUUUAGAUGUGCAUCCCCCCCCCCUUUUUCUUAUGUGUCUGUCUGUCUGUCUGUGCCUGUUCCUGUGUGUGUCAUUGAUCACACAUAAUAAAUUGUUAGAAAUUAUUAUGUAUGCUUCGGACAUACUGUGAGUUUUGUAGUGUGAUAUUUUUUCUUUUUAUUCAUUUUUUUAAGAACAUUAUUAAAUGCAUUUUUAUUGAAGGAAUUUGCAAUAUAAUGAAAUGUAAUGUAAACCAUCUUUUGAGUUUGAUCAUGAAAAGUUUAUAUAUAUACAAUCUUGUUGUAUAAACAAGUUAAUUAAAUUUAGAUUCUAAAAGUAUUGAAUUGUAUUCUUUAUUUUUUCUAUGAUAAUAAUAACUUGUGUAUUUACUCUUUAAAUAUUAACAUUUCCAAAUUAUAAAUAUGUAAAAGAAAAUGUGAAUCAUGUUUAUUAAUAUGCCUAACACCUUUUUUGUAAUAUGUAUGUUAAGAAAUAUUUUUUUCUUUUUCACAGACAAGAAAUAAAUAUUCUAAAAUCUGCAAGUAUCACAGAUUGUAUUCAUAUGAAAGUUUAUGGCAUAGUUUUUGCCAAUCUAUGUGUCAGUUGUGCAAUGGAAUCAGUGUAUUUUUAUGUUUGCUUUUAUUAUUCUUUUUUUGCCAUUUUAUUUCCAUUUAUGCAAUUCAAGAGUCAUUAUUCUUAAUUUUAGUGUAUUUGCUGCUUAUUUUUUGCCUAAAUGUUUAUUUUGUUAAGAUAUGACUGUAGUGCUUCAUUUUGUUUACAGCAUACCAGCUAUCUUUUUUUUCCUGUAUUUAUCAUUUUACUCAUAUUUCUGUCAGCAAUCAUUUCAACACAUAUCCCAUAUUGGUUGUACAAUUGAUAUUGUGAACAGCAAUAGUAACAUAGACAGAAGAUGCUUUUUGAUGUCUUUAGCUAUCUAUAUUUUAGAAUUUUUAUGUCUUCCAGUUUUGUGAUUGGUUUAAGAAAAUAAAUAUUCAGAGCUUU